CGAGGGAAGAAUACUUCUUCAACUCGUCGUCAGUUUCAAGUUUACUCUCGCGAUAAACGUUCCACUUAAUCCGUACUGUGCAGUCGACCGGAGAGGAUCGUUCAAAAUGUCCGGAAAGUACUCGGCGUUGAUUCUUGCAAUCUGUGGAGCAGCUGUUUUAGCACAGGAUGGAGGCGUCAAAUCUUGGCGCAAGGGCGGUUCCGCGUCCCACGGCCACAUGGUCAUGAACCAGACCGUGGUCGAGGAUCAACCGGGUUCCACCAUGGUAAACCUUCACCGCGGCAACGAUUCCCAAAGUGCGCUGGACCAGUUCAUGAACAAAACCAAAACCGCCAUCCCAACCGGGGUCUGCUUCGAGGAGAUCCCCACGAUCAGCCUGGUCAAGCCGAACAACGGACUCAUCCCGGCCGGCAACGGAUCCGAUCCGUCGCUGAGUCGCGUCCAGGUUUGCUGCAAGGGCUUCGAACGGAACGUGCACAACUUCCGCAAGUGUGAUCCGAUCUGCGAGCAGCCCUGCUUCAACGGGCUGUGCGUUGGUCCGAACACCUGCAGCUGCUAUCCGGACUUUGUGCAGAACCGCGAGGGCAAGUGCGUGCCAACCUGCCCGAUCGGAUGUGACAACGGCGUGUGUGAUCUGGACCUGAGGCGGUGCAUCUGCAAGGAGGGAUUCGAGCUGGAUAAGAGUGGUCAGUUUUGCGUGCCCGGAUGUAAGGGAGGUUGCGGAGUGGGGCGAUGUGUGGCGGUGAACACUUGCGUUUGUGACGACGGUUACACGCCGGACGAGGAUGGACUGUGUGUGCCCAAGUGCGAAGGAGGUUGCGGAGCUGGAGAUUGCAUUGCACCAGGGGUUUGUCAGUGCCGGCCGGGUUACGAGAAGGGUGACGAGGGAUGCGAGCCGAUAUGUUCUAAUGGCUGCUUCAACGGGCUCUGCACCGCUCCGGAAGUGUGUUCCUGCAAGCCGGGCUACGCGAUGGGACCCUCGGGCAACAACAAGUGCGAGGCCACGUGCGAGCGACCCUGCCUGAACGGGGACUGCACCGGGCCCAACACGUGCACUUGCCACCGCGGAUACGUUCUGGACGAGACCAACCAGUUCAAGUGCCUCGCUCACUGUCCCAACGGUUGUCCCAACGGAGUCUGCUCGGGGCCAAACAUGUGCCUGUGCAAUGCUGGAUUCAUCAAGGACCGCAGCUUGAAGGGAAGUCAAGCGUGUGUGAAGCGCGUGUAGA